CCGUGCUCACGAUACCACCUUGUGUACCGUUUAGAUCUCCCACAGUGUUGCUUAGUUAGAUUUAACUCCUAGUGAUAAAAUGUCGGACACACAGAGAAUAAUGUUCCGGCAUUGAUCUUCUUAUCCCGGAGCAGGUUUUACCUCGUGACCCCAACCUUUCCCAGUCCAACUUAAAAACCAUCAUUUGUCAGAGGAGAGCAGAUAAACUCCGAGAGGACAUGUAACGAAGUGAGAAGAUUAACAGCAGAGAAAACUUGGAACCUGGAACUGAAAAUGACACCUGGUCUUCGUUGAGAUUGUUUUUCAAAGAAAAUCAAGAAAACUCCUUAGAUCUUGGAUUAAACAGGGUUGAAUCUACUUCUGAGUUUGGUUUCGGAGAAUCGAAAUGGAAGCAAGUUCUCCAUCCCGGCACAUUUAAGGUUUGAGAAGAAAGAAGAGGGGUACAGCAUGUAACACAAUUGGUACACUAGGAUUUCGCCAAAAUCAUCAUAUUAAAAAAAAUUCCAAAUACAAAAUAACUUUUUAUUUUUAUUUUUAGUUUUAUUUGUAUAAUGAUGAAUAUAUUGACAGCUGAGUAGACCUCCUAGUUGUUGGUGAAAAGGAUGCUGGAGACGACCAACAUGUCCUCAAUGUCGGAGCUGUUCGAACUCCUGGACAAACUUCAGUCCUCGAGGUUAGAUGAUCAGAGAUGUGAGAUGCCGACUUUAAACCGUCCUGUUGUCCGUCCUGCAACCUGCCGUGUGCUGGACAAGGUACUGGAGAACCAGGGACCGUAUCCCCAGGUUGUGGUUGAAGGGAGCAGUUACUGGUUGGAUCCAGGGGAUCAGGAGCAUACAGGAGAUGAGUACAAACCAGACCCACAGGCAAAGAUCGAAGCAAAAUUUGAGAUUGAUGAUUCUGCUCGAAGCUACCGAGCUCACUUUGUCGGCUACGAUCAUCAAAACUUUACCGCAGUCGACGACGAGUACGGUCCAGUGGUUCUCUCCGUGAAGCACUACAACGACAAGGAGGGGGACAUCAAGGGAAACCAUGUCAGGGUGAUACUGAGAACCACAUCAGGAACCAUUCAUAGACUUCUACCGUACUCAGAUGUCCGUGAGACCCCGUCCCCCGUUCAACUCUCUAAGUUUCUCUGUGAAGAUCUAAGUAUAGAGAAGUAUGAACCCAUCCUAAGCCCCCGGGCCGGAGAACUAAUAGUAAACUAUGAUGAACAUGUUGUUGUGAAUAAUUAUAAGUUUGGUUGUAUUUACCAAAGGUUUGGUCAGGUGACGGAGGAGCAACUAUUCGGGAACAGGUCCCACACAGAGGCAAUGGACGAGUUCCUCGAUAUGCUCGGACUCAGGAUAGAUCUAUCCAAACACCGAGGAUACAAGGGAGGCCUGGAUACAGUUCACGGCCAAACCGGGAACUAUUCUGUGUACCAGGUCUUCCACAAGCGUGAAAUCAUGUUCCAUGUGAGCACUCUCCUUCCUUUCAGUGAGUCUGAUAAACAACAGUUACAGAGGAAACGACAUAUUGGAAAUGAUAUAGUUGCUGUUGUCUUUCAAGAGUCAAACACUCCGUUUAGUCCUGAAAUUAUUGCCUCUCAUUUUCUUCACGCGUACAUUGUUGUUCAGCCAAUAAAUCCUUGUUCUGGAAACACAAGCUACAGGGUGAGUGUUACAGCUAGAUCUGAUGUUCCAUAUUUUGGUCCUAGUCUCCCUGAUCCAGCAAUAUUCAGGAAAGGUUCCGAGUUCAAAGAGUUUUUACUCACCAAGUUAAUAAAUGCAGAGAACGCGUGCUACAAGGCGGAGAAGUUUUCAACCCUGGAGAGACGAACACGAUCCUGUCUUCUCUCCAAUCUAACCGAACAGCUGUGUCAGCUGACCUCGGAGUAUCUGAACAACCAGGUUCUCCAGGUGGUCAAUAAGACAGACAAGACGGAUCUAGUUCAUCAGAACGGGAUUCUAAACAGUGUAAAGAAAGCUUUGAUAGGACGAUCUAAAAGUUAUGCUCCUGCUAACCUGGGAAAUCAAAGUGUUGGACCAAAGACUCCGCAGAAACAGAAAUCAAGUAAAUCUCUUCUUUCCAGUCAAUCCUUAGCGGAGAACAUCCGUCUCCUUUCCAAUAGUCAGGGGGAGAACGAUUGUAUCAGCUGUAAUUCCGAGUUCAGUGUCGGACUGGGAGAACAAGACCAGGAGAGAGAAGAGGACCUUGUCAGUCCAGCCAAAUUUGAUUCAGGACGAGGGAGCGAGGAAUCAGGUACAGGUUCCCAACACUCGGUUGAGAGUCCAGGACGAGCCUCAUCCUCCUCCUCGUCCCAUCUCUCCUCCGCUCCUAGUCCAGAUCCAAGACUGCAGCAUCAAACCAUCCUGGACACAUCGGACGAUUCUUCUCUGAACUCUCUUGAGCUCGAUCAAGUUAGAUACAUCCUGAAACCGAAAGCUCUCAGAUACACAAAUAACAACAGCAGUUUUGUGGACAAUAAGAACUCCUUGAAGUCUGAUAAUUCCACCGCGGUGGGAACCAAAUGUCAUAUUCAUAUUACAAACGAACUAAAAUCAAGCAGAGAACCAGACAACAGACCCGUUCUGAUGCUAGACCCAAGAUGCCAGGAGCUCGUCUCAGGUCACGUGACCAUGGUUACAGUUGAAGGAGGAGCAGUGGCCGGACAGAUAGAUAAACUCCAGGCUGAGAUCACAAAGCUGAAGGUUGAGAAGCUGGAGUUGCUCCGACAGAACGUGUCAGCACAGCGUGAGGUUAAACAUCUCCGAGAACGGGAGCUCCAGCUCCAGUGUGAUCUUUCAACAGCAUCCAGAGAGAUAAACAAACUGAGAGCAGGACUUAAACAGAAGUUGGUCAAGGAGCUGCCCUGGCCUGAUCUUCCUCCUUCUCUCCGGGGUUCAGCUCAAACUGUAGUUAAGCUAGCUCAGGAGGUGGAUAAAACCUGGCAUAUCUAACCCAUCCUAUCCAUACCUUCCUUGCCAUUCAACCAUUCAUUCUAUUCAUAUCAUUUAUUCCAUCCUGUUCAUCCAUUGAUCUGCCUUUUGGGAUUUUGGGAUAUUUAAGAAACAAAACAUUAAAAUUUUGAUUCUACAAAUUUUUUCGGACAAAUUAAUAUUUUGUUUAUUUUGCACGUCGACAUUAUGUUUAUGAAUUUAUUUUACCUCCCAGUUUAUCCAGAUCUGUUAUAUCCCAUUGUACAAGCUCCUCGCCUGUACAACUUAUCCUGUUAAACCGUUGUACACGCUGUACCAUUGUACCCUCUAUGUACUAGUCAUAUGUUACAUUUGUAAAUUGCGUAAAUAUCUACAAAUAUGAUUUUAAAUGUAACAUUAACAAAUAAAUGUUGAAAAUAUUAA